GUCAGUCAAAUUUUUCAUUUCAAAUCACGACAACAUAAAAAAUCGUGAAAAUAUGUGUAGUAUUUUUAACUACGUUUUUACAGUAUUAAGCAUGAGUAACUAAAGUUGUGCCUCAUUUAUUUACCGGUUGUGAUGUUUAUAUCUGGCCGUUAUGGGCAAAUUCAGUACUUACAGGUAUUUAGAGUUGAAAGAUGAUAGUGCGCCGGCGGCCGCCGCGCCCCGGGCCCGCAGCCUCGCGCAGCCGCGCCGCCUGCGGAAGGUGUUUGUCGUGCUCAUCAUAGCUGCCGUCUGCGCCACAUACUUCACCGGUCUAUUCGCGGGCCAGAGUCGUCUGCUGGACGGGCUGGCGCGCUCGCUCGGGUACCGCCACGAGCAUCACUACGCGGUGCUGGUGGACGCGGGCUCCUCGGGCUCCCGCGUGCUGGCUUACAAGUUCCGGGUGCCUUUCACAGUAUUCGGUCAAGUGAAUCUGGAUUUAGAAGAUGAAUACUUCGAGCAGUCCAAACCCGGCCUGUCGUCAUACGCCGACGAGCCAGAGAAGGGCGCAGACUCAAUAGUGCAACUAAUAAAGAAGGCGUCAUUCCUGAUUCCCGAAGACAAGCGAGCCCACACGCCUCUGAUCGUGCGAGCCACUGCGGGACUACGCCUGUUGCCACGGGAGAAGGCCGAUGGGCUCAUAGUGGCCGUCAGAGCCGCUAUAGCCAAAUUAGGUUACAACACAGACGGCGACAGUUCGGUGGAGAUCAUGGAUGGAGCAGAUGAGGGCAUUUACAUCUGGUACACCGUCAAUCUACUGCACAACCUGCUGGGCGGCUCCACGAUGGCGGCUCUAGACUUGGGCGGCGGCUCCACGCAGAUCACGUACCAGCUGGACGAGGAGCUGGCGGCGAGGGUGCCCGCCGGCGACCGCCACGCCGUGCCCACCGGCGGGGUUAACAUCUCCGUGUAUACGCACAGUUACCUAGGCCUGGGUCUGUACGCGGCUCGGUACGGCAUCCUGCAACUGGGCAACAAGACGCCCAACACGACGCACUUCACGUCGCCCUGCGUCGACCCCAUCGUCACCGACGAGCGGUGGACUUACGCCAACAAGGAGAUUGUCGUCAGCGGCCUGUCCCCGGGCGGGACGACGGCGGCGCGGCAGCACGCGGCGUGCCGGCUGCUGGUGGCGCAGUACGUGAAGAGCACGCUGGACUGGGAGCCCGAGGAGCCGCCGCGGGGCAGUGUCGCCGCCAUGAGCUUCUUCUAUGAUGUGGCUGCCGAUGCUGGGUUGAUUGACGUAAUGCGCGGCGGUAAGGUGACAAUCGGCAAGUACAAGCACGCGGCGCAACAAGCCUGCGGGGGCGCCAACAUCGAGCAGCCCUGGGCUUGUAUGGACCUGGUGUAUAUAGUGACGCUACUGAAUGACGCGUAUAAGAUGUCUCUGAACCAUCCUAUAUCGCUAUACAAGAAGGUCAACGGCCACGAGGUGUCCUGGGCUCUCGGCCUGGCCUACACCACCAUCAUGAAUAGGAUCAAUGUCAAGUAGACACACACAUCACCCUCUAUGUAACAUUACUGAUGCUGGUAACUCGUAUUUGUAUAAACUGCCAUGUGUGGUCAGUAUAUUCGCCUAAAUUAUUGCCGAAUUCGCCAACAUUUUUGGUAUUUGGCUGAUAUAGAAAACAUCAAAUACGAAUAGCCAAGUGUGGUAUCAGCAUGAGAGACUCA